AUGGAUAUUUCAAUUCCUACUUUCCCUGUACACCACUCUACUCUAUCUCUCGAUAUAGAGGGGCAUAAAACUGAGAUAAUCAUUAGCAGUUAUGAGGAUCAUUUCCUUGUUAUUGUGACCCAAAUUGGAAGCAUGGGGACAAUAUUGCAUGCCAGGAAAGAGGAAGGGGUGUCAAUUCAUCCGACUUUCAAUGUUUCUGUAACAUUUGGUAAACGUGAUGAGCCAAUGCUGGUUGCAUGUGCUCGACAACUGAUCGAAUACAUAAGUGCCUCUGGAUAUUCUAAAGGAUUAGUACUGUCCCUUGGCCUCAAGGAUCACUCCGUGGGAACGCUGAAACACAUCGUUUCUGCUGUAAUUGAGAAAUUGCCUGUGUGGCUCGGCAUGGAACAUGCAUUCAUCUUUACGUGA